AUGGACAACUUCUUCGGCACACAGCUCUCGCAGGAAGAGCUGCAGCGCCGCCAUGCUCAACAACGGGCACAGAGACGAUCCACCAACUCCGGGAUGAACCAGCCUCAACAGCAACAGCAGAUGUCCAUGAACCGGGAUACCUCCAUGGUUGGUACCGAAACUCUGGACGACAUCAUCAGGAAUAACCACCAGGAACUCCAAAGGCGGCGGAGUCUACCUCAACAGGCUGCCUACGGCGGGCAAAUGUCACACAUGGAAAACGACCGCCGGUUGUCCAUGAUGGACUUCGGGAGCGGUGGGAAUGGCCUGGAUGCCUUCAGAGACUAUCAAUUUGGAGGCGUCAUGACCAACUCCCCGACGGAUGGCAUGGGCGGCGGGUAUCCCAACAUGAACAGCAUGAACAAUUUGACGAUACCCGGAACUUCCGCCAGCUUUUCUCCUCAGGGCAUGCUUUCAGCCGACUUCUCAGCCUUAUCUCCCGAGAUGAUGGGCAGCAUGAUUGCCUUUUCCAACAUGAACAUGGGCCAGAUGGGCAGUGACCCUUCAACAAUGAGCAUGUUUCAAUCAGGCAUGCCUACCGGAUUUUCCCAGAAUUCAACAGACUCCAUGUCCGCCGAUUUCGCCAUGGAGAUGGCCAAUAACGGCAGCCAAAUGGGUAGCACGCCCAUGAGCACCGCUCCCAGUGAUUCCGGAACAGCUACCGCCAUGGAUGUGGGCGACACAGAUAUGAUAAGUACUACUCAGCGCUUCGUAUCGGCAAACCAGUCCAAUCCGCCCCAGUCAAAUCUCAAUCUAGAUACGGCCAUGUCCAACUACCAACCGAGCAUAUCUCCGCAGCCGCAAGCUCAAAUGCCUCCGCAGAACAACCUGAGGGCGGUGUGCGCAUACCCAUCGCCUUUAGCUACCACUGGGAUUAUGUCGGACAACACCAGUCUGACUCAACCACGAUCGAAUACAGGUUCCGUUGUUGGGCCUUCACCACCUCCAAAGGAUAGCAAGACGAUCUAUUCCAAAAGUGGAUUUGAUAUGCUCAGGGCUCUAUGGCAAGUGGCAACCCGGAAGAAUCCCCAAGUGAAUCUAGGAGCCGUGGAUAUGUCAUGCGCUUUUGUUGUUUGCGAUGUUUCCAUGAACGAUUGCCCUAUCAUCUAUGUCUCCGACAACUUCCAGAAUUUGACGGGCUACAGCCGACACGAUAUUGUGGGACAGAAUUGUCGCUUUCUUCAAGCACCAGACGGAAAAGUUGAGGCUGGCACGAAACGAGAAUUCGUCGACAAUGGGGCGGUUUUCAAUCUCAAGCAGAAGAUUGCAGAAGGAAAAGAAGUCCAGCAAAGCCUCAUCAACUACCGAAAAGGAGGCAAACCCUUCUUGAACCUUCUAACUAUGAUACCAAUCCCUUGGGAUAACCCGCCCGAAAUUAAAUACUUCAUCGGGUUCCAAAUCGACCUAGUUGAGUGCCCGGAUGCGAUAGGGUCGGCCCAAGGUCCAGGCACCAUAAAGGUCGAUUACAAGCACAGCGAUAUUGGCCAAUACAUAUGGACGCCGCCAUCUUCAACUCAGACGGAACCUGAGAAUGGCCAGACGCUCGGUGUUGACGACGUGUCUACACUCCUGCAGCAGUUCACACCCAAAGGCGCCGUCUCCGACUGGCACCGGCAGUCUUGGGAUAAGAUGCUACUGGAGAAUGCAGAUGAUGUUGUCCACGUUCUUUCACUGAAGGGCCUAUUCCUCUAUCUGUCACCGUCUUGCAAACGUGUGCUUGAGUACGAUGGCGCCGAACUCGUUGGAAACUCUAUAUCGACCAUCUGCCAUCCAUCCGAUAUUGUCCCCGUGACGCGCGAGCUGAAAGAUACAACAACUGGUAGUCCAGUCAACAUCGUGUUCCGUAUCAGACGGAAACAUAGUGGAUACACCUGGUUCGAGAGUCAUGGGUCGCUUUUUGUUGAGGCAGGCAAGGGUCGUAAGUGCAUCAUUCUCGUCGGUCGCAAGCGUCCAGUGUUUGCGCUCAGUCGGAGAGAUCUCGAAGCCAGUGGGGGGGUCGGAGACAGCGAAUUGUGGACCAAACUCUCUACAUCUGGCAUGUUCCUCUUCGUCUCCUCCAACGUACGGUCGCUGCUGGAUCUACAGCCAGACGGUCUAGUGGGGACGAGUAUACAAGAGUUGAUGCGGAAAGAAUCACGCCCUGAAUUCGGCCGAUCCAUCGAGAAAGUCAGACGCGGGAAGAUUGUUUCUUGUAAGCACGAGGUUCAGAACCGGCGAGGCCAGGUCUUGCAGGCCCAUACCACCUUAUACCCUGGAGACGCCUCAGAGGGCCAGAAGCCAACAUUCAUCCUUGCGCAAACGAAACUAUUGAAAGCCUCUUCUCGAUCAAUCGCUCCCGCGGCAUCUCCCAUAUCUGCCAAACAUGGGUCCAUGGCUAGUACACCCGAUCCCAAAGCAAUUGCAAGCAUCAACAUGAUCCGUAAACAAGAGCCUGCUGAUUCCGGCAUCGUAUCAGCUGCGGCUGGGGGUGGUCUCAGCGUGGGGAACCAAGACCGUGCUCUCGCUUCUGACGACAACAUAUUUGACGAACUCAAGACGACGAGGUGUACGAGUUGGCAAUAUGAGUUGCGGCAAAUGGAAAAAGUGAAUCGAGUUUUAGCCGAAGAGCUACAUGGUUUGCUUUCAAAUAAGAAGAAACGCAAGCGCAGAAAGGGCGUCGGCAACGUUGUUCGCGAUUGCGCCAACUGCCACACUCGGAACACCCCCGAGUGGCGGAGAGGUCCAAGUGGUAAUAGGGAUCUUUGUAACAGCUGCGGCCUUAGGUGGGCCAAGCAGACGGGCCGAGUCUCUCCACGAAACUCUUCCCGAGGGGGCAAUGGCGAUGGGACAAGUAAGAAAUCCACCUCGCCUGUGCAUUCCUCACCGCUGCAAAGGGAGAUGCCCAAUGGAAAGAUCAGCCAACACGCCUCCGAGGCCGACUCCAUGUCCUCUGCCAACAGAUCUCAGACUUCCAGCGUAGCUCCCACGACCAGCGCGGGAACGACGCCCACUGGCUCCAAAGGCUAUUCGAAUAACCCACCGCUGAGCCAGCCGUUGUUGGAGGGUGGUGCAGAAAGUGGACAGAUGACUGCCAUCCAAGAGGAGAGGGUAGAGAACAUGUAG